AGUUUACCAAUAGGAGUGAGGCAAUCUCACCUUAUCCACACUCCGUCCACAAUCUUUUGUCCCCAUUCAUCAUAUCUUCCACAUCAUAACCAAACCAGCCAUUAAGCCUUGACCAUUUGUGUCUUUGAUCUCUCUUCAGUUUUCAUAUUUUUGCUGAAUCAAUGGCAGCCAUGAACUCCAGUGUCUUGACCUGCAGCUAUGCCAUUUCAGGCUCUGCAGGAUCCUCUGAGCUCAAUGCAAAGAUAUCUUCAAUACCUUCUGUGGCCUCUCCUGGACUCAACAAGCUGCCUGUGAUCAGGGCUCAAAUGGCUCCUGUGCCAAAAGAAUCCAAAAGAAAUGAAGCAAAGAAAGCUGCAAUGGCGUUUUUGGCAGUUACCCUUUUCACGACAAGUGUUGCUUCUUCUUCUUUUUCUGCAAAUGCUGGUGUCAUUGAAGAGUACCUUGAAAAGAGUAAAGUUAACAAGGAAUUGAAUGACAAGAAGAGACUGGCUACAAGUGGAGCAAACUUUGCUAGAGCAUACACAGUUGAAUUUGGAACCUGCAAGUUCCCUGAGAACUUCACUGGAUGCCAAGAUCUUGCCAAGCAAAAGAAAGUGCCAUUUAUCACUGAUGAUCUGCAGUUGGAGUGUGAAGGGAAGGACAAAUUCAAGUGUGGUUCGAAUGUAUUCUGGAAAUGGUGAAACUGAAGAGGGAAAACUCUGAAAAUAUUUGUAUCUUUCUCACUGUGUAUCUAGUUUUCUAUUAAUGGAAGUUGACAUCCCUGGCCUUUGUUUUUAAGAAAAUAGAAUGGUUUUGUGCCCCGAAAAUAAAUGCUGGUAUGAUAGUUAUUUGGAUGUUA